AUGACCUCCGGAACUGCACCAGGGGAGCUCCAAAACAGAACUGCAUGGGUUCGCGUGGUGCGGACGGAGCAGGUCAACACUGUUCCUCGGUUCAACGCGUACAUGCAUGCAGAUGAACGUUGGGCUCCAACUACGAUAAGGAAAAUUCUGGUGGUGUUGCCGCUUCGGUACAGGACGGUGCCUCAUAAGUGCUUCUUGGUGACGAAGAAGAACAUCAUGACAUACCCACGUGCUCUGUCCAUGUUCUUUCUAAACAGGGUGUGUGAGCUCAUCAAGAAAAGGGUUAGAUCGGACCUUGGUUUCAAGGCGAAGUACUUCAAGGAUGUUGUAGAGUCCUUCGUCAAGUAUUGUGGCCGUGUAGUUGCCCCGGAGCAGAUCUACGACCAUCUUAGGCACUGGAGAGCACUAUGGAUUCAUGUGAGCAGGGCCAAAAGGCUUGAGGGAGUGCGCUGGGUGGAAGAGACACCAACAAUCAUGAUGGACGAUGAUGCCUACUUUCCCCACAUCAUGACUCACCCAAGGGACAAUGAUCUCCUCAAGAAGCCUAUAGAGAACUAUGUUCAAAUGUCAACCUCGGAGGCCAUAGAUGGCAAGGGUGACACACGGGGCCUUAACGUGAACGCCACUGGUCGCGAGGAAGAUGCAAUGAGCGAAACCGAGGAUCACACGGCUGAAUUCGUUCCCAGAGAGGAAGAAGGAUAUACGAUGCGUAAUGAACUUGCGGCAAGCAGCCACCGCGAUGGUUCUAUGUACUGGGAUAUGGAUUGGCUUUGGUGGAAACAAGACUUUCGAAUUGUAGACCGUAAUGAGACUAGGUUGGAGGCAAUGAUGUUUUCAAAUCCCACAGAUUGCAUCAUUCACGAUGGAACUUGCAUGAAGCAUUUUCCUCGCGGCAUGCUGCAAGUUUUCUCAUUGGAGCUUGCCAAAAUUCCUAUGAAUGGUGGCUCAGUAGAGCUGUAUGGAUAUGUAGCAAUACGGGAUGAUCUGGAUCCAUUGCUUAAUUAUGUUGUCAAUAUUAGCAGAGAUGAUCCCAUCACUGUGGAGCUGGGUUCUCUCAUCAACAUGGUUGGCCCUAAGCGAGGCAUAGAGAUGAGUGACUUUACUCUAAUCGAAUAUGAUAUGAGGAUCAAGACAGGCGAUCAAGAAAAUGAUGACCUGCAACUGAUCGAUGGUGCAUCACUCAUAGGAGAUGGAGGCCUAUGGAAUCAGCCAUUCAUGCUUGACAUCCGUGGCGGAGAUGGCGCAGUUAACAUGAGUUUAUCACGUCUUUGCAGGGCAGUUGAGGCGACUAUAGAGAUUAUCAUAUUGGAAGUGCGGAGCAAUUUUAAUUUGUCUCUUGGAUGUCUAACUAGUGGGAUAGAUGAGGAUAUCCGGAUCUUCGAUGAUUCCAUCACUGAGUCACGGGUCUUAAGGAGGUUUGUGGUUGCCGCAGUGAAGGACUCUCUGAUAGAUUUGAAAUUCAAGGUGGAAGCUGUGUCAUCCGGUCCAAACCAACAUUGUUGUUCAUUCAAUGCCAAAACCCACGGGCAUGAUACUCAAGAGAUAAAGAUUGAUUUGGCUUUGAUCUCAGUAAAGGUAACUUGGUCAACCUUGCCUUGUGGCUUUCCUGCUUAA